AUGCACCAUCUACGAUUGUGCACAUACUUAAUUUUACUAAGUUUGAAGUUUAGUGUAACAUUAGGAUUAUUUAUUGGUGAUAGAUGUAAACCACAGCCCCAAACAUCUGGGGGUACUUGUGUCCUGCUUGAUGAUUGCCCUGUGGCCAUAAGGGCUAUCAGAGAAAAUGAUAACCACCCUUUUAAACGGUGUGGGUUCAGUGGUAAAGUUGAAAUUGUUUGCUGUCCCAAAGGUGAAGACCAGCCUCACCCAACAAGCACUGUUAAGACAGAGGCUAAAUUUGGUGGAAGAAUUGCAGAUAUUCAAUGUCAGAAAAUAGUUGAGACAAGCAUACCACCUCUCGGCCUACAUAUUAUCGGUGGGGAAACAGCAUCGCCAGGGGAAUUCCCACACAUGGUUGCAUUGGGGUACAAUCGCUCAGACGUAUUGGAAUUUGACUGUGGAGGUUCUCUUAUCUCUGAAAACUAUGUACUCACUGCAGCUCAUUGUUUGGACACUCUAGACCAAAUAAGACCAAGCAUUGCUCGAUUAGGCGUUGUUGAAAUAAAGGAACCUAGGUUCAACAGGGAAACUGAUAUAAUCAUAGCUGAUAUUACAUUCUACCCUCAAUAUUCCAGAAAGGAAAAGUAUCACGAUCUAGCAUUACUCAGGUUGGAGACUCCAGCGACGCUGUCUCCAAAUUUAAACCCCAUAUGUCUCCAUACAAAGGAUGAAAAUCCUACAGUCCCACUAACUAUUACGGGCUGGGGCAAGACCAGUACUACACGUGACACGAGGAGCAAUAUUCUUCUGAAAGCGAACGUGUCUGUGGUACCCAUUAGUCAAUGCACCGAAUCAUAUAUGAAUUGGCGUCGGCUACCCAACGGAAUUGCGCGUACGCAGAUUUGUGCUGGCGACGAAUUCGGGAAACACGACACUUGUCAGGGUGAUUCUGGUGGACCGUUGCAAGCUUUGACCGAGCAAGACGGUAACUAUCGGUUGAUCGGCGUGACGUCAUUCGGUCGUGGCUGCGCGUCCACUGUUCCUGGUGUAUACACACGUGUUUCCGAGUACCUAGAUUGGAUUGAGGAAAUCGUUUGGCCAAACAAAUUCCAACGUUGA